UACCGUUCUCAACCAAUCGUCAUCGGCCAGUGCAUCGGUGCUGGCCAAUGUGAUCUACGACGCGCGGCGAGGCCGGUUAUUAACGAUGCCAAGGUACUCGCCUUGAUCGACAAUGCUCGAAAUGCCGGUGAAACGCCGAACGUCACGUUACACUUGAGAGAAAAAAAAAAAACACCCGGACACGUCGCAGCAGACGACGCGCGCCGACACGGUGUCUGUCAACGUGCGAAACAUGGCGUCCGCAUCGUCGUAGCGUCCCUCGAAGCGUUCGAUUGUCCGUGUAGCGAAAUAGUCGUUUUGUUACGGAGGGGACUACCGGGAGUAAUAGUUCUAGUUGGCGAUAGUAGGUGGAAGAUCGUUUCAUUCGUUUUCCGUACCUUUACUGAUGGACGACGAUACGAUCGCUUUUGGCGAGGAGGAGGAGGAGGCUACCCAAAAUGUCAACAAGCUUAAACACCCGUAUGUUACGCUGUUUCACUUGGCCUUCAGGAUAGCAGCUGUAGUAGUUUAUCUGUUUUGCGGUUUGUUUUCCGAUAAUUUUAUAGCGAGCUUUGUAACUGUUGUACUACUUUUAUCGAUGGAUUUCUGGACAGUUAAGAAUAUUACCGGCAGAUUAAUGGUCGGCCUUAGAUGGUGGAAUUAUGUGGACGACGAUGGCAAGAGUCAUUGGAUUUUUGAGUCUAAGAAGGGUGCUCAACAGAAUCGCAUUAACGCAACCGAGGCGCGUAUCUUUUGGUUGGCUCUGAUCUUGUGCCCGCUUCUUUGGUCAAUACUCUUUAUCAUCGCGUUGUUCGGCGGCAAAUUCAAAUGGCUUUUGCUCAUCUGCAUCGCCAUUGUUUUGAACGGGGCUAAUCUGUACGGUUAUGUUCAAUGCAAAAUGGGAAACGACAGGAACAUCUCAGCAGCCACGAGUGAUUUCUUCAGGAAACAAGUGAUCCAAAAUGUGGCCUCGAUGAUGACAAGGAGUCCUCCGACAAGUAAUUCCAAUCAACCGACUAAUGUAAUAUAGAUCUAUACAUUUGUCAAACACGGUCAUGCGAAAUCUGUAUUCUCCUGCCGAAUAAUUUAACGAAUCUUUGCAAACGUUUGUACAUAAUGAUGUUAGGCAGUAUCUUCUAAGUAUUCUAUAAUAAAUCGUUAUUAUAACUUUUA